AUGGAGAUGAAUCGACCACCCCUAGGGCUUGGUGAAGGCCUGGAUCGCAGGCAUUCCGAUAGUUCGGUGCCAACGCAUUCACAAGCCAUGGGUCCUGAUGUUGAGUUCUCACACCCACACUUCGCCAUGAUCUUCAUCAAUCGCAAUGGUGAGCUCCAGAUGACGGCCUCGAAAUCAAUCGCAGGAUGCGGUGGUGCGAUCUUUACCCCCGAUGUGACAGACCGGUUCAUGGAACUGGCUGCUCCGAAUAGCUCGGCUGCCAUGCAAUUCAACCCAAACCUAAGUCAAAGUGUCCCUUCUCCUUGGCCGGCCCAGUCAAACGCAGGAUUGGUGCACGCUGGUCAAACCAGACCGGCAGAUUUGAUCCCCUGCGAGUGGCAGUCCAGUCAAAGACAACGAAAGCGACGUGAUAUGAAGCGCACAGGAAUGGUUCGACCUCAGCCGAAAUCAGUGUCUCCGCCACCAACUCCACCUCCCGGGAAAACUAUACUUCGCGUGGGCAAUCGAGAUCUUCUAAGACGAUACUAUGAGAAGGCAUUCGAAGAUUUCCAGCAAUUGAACUGUCGUGCCAUCGCCAAAUCGUACAUCAAGCUUGUUGAGCCUCGCAAGCAGGUUCAUUUCCCAUACAAUGGCCGAAAGGUUAUCUCGGGGGUCUCACAACGGGUCGAUCCCGAGGAGACUAAGCCUGGUUGGUGGCCAGCCGGAGUUCUUCAUCGCGAACCAGACCAUCUUCUGAAACGCGACCGACUGAAACUAUUGGUGCACAUUCUUUGCGAGCUCAAAGAUAGUCACGAAGUGACUGCGGAAAAGCUACGUGAUGCUGGCCAAGAUGUGCGACGCCAGAUCACCCCGGAAAACCGACUCCAAGUUCUUGAUGAAAUAUAUUUUGUCCGUCAUAUGGAAGAGCAGUAUCUUGACGGGAAGAUUGAUGCAAACACACUGGUUCAAGUGACAAAGACCCAUCUUCCCGAGGCCAUUUACCAGGAAGAUGACUUUUCUUCACAUGCCCAUGCCGCGCCCAUUGCAUCUCUCGACACUGAAAAUGAUGGCGAUUGCUUCGUUGAAAAAUCGAAGGCUUCGCUUAGGGAUGGUGAUCAGGCAGCUUACCCAGUCCGACAAGUUGUUCCACUUUCUCCUGCAACAAGUGAGUCCAGUGGCCCCCAUAGCCCGACUUUCAGCGCCUAUCCAGUCAACAUGGGCUCCGCCGCGAUGCAGCAGGAGUCUCCGACCAUGCAGAAGCCAAUGCCCACUGACCCUAACUUCAUGCAUGGCUUUUACGGACAACAAUUCCUGCCAACAGAAAAGGCCCCUCCUUCCUACUGGCCUUCAGUACCGCCAAUGCCCCAGGUCUCACAGUUUGGGUACUAG